GUUAUUUUGAUUUUCAAUGGUACAAUAAUAUAAAUUAGACACACAUAUUGUUAUUAAUAUUAUUACAUGUGUCGCGCGUGAGGGUCGACGUGUCGUGUUAAAUAAUUUGCUCCGAAGUGACAGGUUUUUAUUGUGUACGUCAAUCUUUUCGCCAAUAACAGCGACGACUUUGCGGUUAUUUCAUUGAAAUUCAUUUUUACGUGGGACCCGCGUAGUAUAUAAAAAAGUCAAAGUCACGACGAUCGCAGCAGCACUACGAUUCGCGCCAUCCCACUACAUGACAUUUACGUUUUACGGUGAUAUUUCUCGCGUAGGUAGGCACCUAUAAUAAUUAGGUAUAAUAUUAUUAUAUAUAGUCAGGUGCCGAGCGACGAUCGUGUUUUUGGAUGAUUUUUUUGUCGUCGUAUUUAUCGUUAUUUAUCACCUGCACUGCGAAGAGAUUAAGCUGCCACUUGUGUCGGUUAAAACAUAACGCGCCAAUAAGUACAUGCGCAGAAUUUCGCAACGCGUCCAAAGCGAAUCGACGUCUCGUUAUCGAUCUGCAAUCCUCUCGUAUAAUACGCAAAUAUACUUACGAAGAAUAGGCGCACAUCAUAUUAAGAUUCGUCCAAUACAUUGACUGGACUAUUCUGCUAGCUGCAGGCUGCUUUGGGACCUCAGGAUAACCUAUCGUCGCUUUAAGGUUUGCACGAAAUCGAUAUAAACUUGUAUACGCGUUUUAUCCUCCGUUCAAAAGCCUCGAUCGACACCAAUCAUCAUGAUUAUGACUAUGGACACCAUCAAAGCUCUGCGGAGUUCCGCAAUAGUACUGGCGAUCGUAUUCGCCGCGUCUUCCGCAUCUCAUUCUAGGAUUGGAUUCGAUAAAUAUCAUAACCACAAAGAAAUGACAAAUUAUUUGAUGCAAAUAACCGACGAGUUUCCCAACAUCUCGUCGCUGUACUCGAUCGGCAAGUCGGUUUUAAAACGUGAACUAUGGGCCGUCAAGUUGACUACUGCAAGUGAACUAUUGGGUGUGCCAAACAUCAAAAUUGUCGGCAACAUACACGGUAAUGAGCCGGUGGGAAGAGAAAUCAUUUUACAUCUGAUUCAAUAUUUAUUGGAUAACAAUUCAAAAAACAAAGUGAUUAACAAUUUGUUGCGAACUACCGUCAUCCACUUGUUGCCGAGCAUGAAUCCCGACGGAUUCGAAAUGUCCGCACCUCAACCUUGUCCUAACGAUGGAAUGCAUAGGUUGGGUUCUAGAGGAAAUGCUAACACUUUUGAUUUGAAUCGAAAUUUCCCGGACGUGUUCAAUCCGCACACAGUGCCACUGCAACCCGAGACGAAAGCAAUGAUGGAGUGGUUAAAAUCUGUGCCGUUCGUCAUGUCUCUAGGCUUACACGGUGGUGCUUUGGUGGCCAAUUUCCCUUACGAUGGCUCAUUGGACUCGGUACUUGGAAAGCUGCAGAAAUUAAACGAAACAUUACAAAUUAACGAUGUAUUUGAACUCUACAAAAUAUUUCUAAACGAAACUAGUUAUAAUCAGAAUAUCAAUAUGGAGAGUUUAACACCAGACGAUGACGUGUUUCGGUUUUUGGCGAAACAAUAUGCCGAUUUGCACCCGACCAUGCAUAACGGUCUAAGUUGUGAUGAUGACUAUAGCUUAAAAUUCAAAGACGGCAUAACGAAUGGAGCUGCUUGGUAUCAAGUAAUAGGAAGCAUGCAAGAUUACAAUUACGUAUGGCAUGGGUGUAUGGAAAUCACCUUGGAAAUGUCUUGUUGCAAGUACCCACCUGCUUCAUUUUUGGAAUCUCACUGGAAUGACCAUUUAAAGCCACUUUUGACAUGGAUGCAACAAGCGCAUAGAGGCGUUAAAGGUUUCGUCACCAAUCAAAUAACCGGUAAACCCAUACCAAACGCCACCGUUAGCCUUACGGACCGUGAAAACUAUAUCAACACUACCGUGAACGGAGAAUACUGGAAAAUACUACUUCCUGGUGUAUACAAGUUACGUGUGAACGCGAUCGGAUACGACGAGAAAAUCGUCCGAGUAAAGGUGCCGGAGGAGCGCGAGGAUCAAGAGGAAGGACCUCGGCCGCAAUCGGUGAACGUCCAGUUGGAACCGACGAAGACGAAGACAGCCGACAGCGGCAGGAGCACCGUAAGUGACAGCGAUCACUACAACACGCAUUGGGUGUCGGACAGCGACCUCCACGGCGUGACGGAUCGGGCGGUGGCGGCCGUGCAAAAGUCGUCCGCCGACAAGCGCUUGUGGUUGUUGGUGGAUGUGGAAGGUAAGGAGAAGGAGGACGAAGGCGAUGACGGCCACAAAGGUCGCAGUGGUAACCGGUACGACGACGUCAAUCGGCUACAAUCGAUGCGACCGCCGCUGCCCGUUCAGUCAUCGUCCUCCGGUCCCGGUAACCACUUUCCAUCUGGCGAAAUCAGAGCGGUUCAAAUUCUGUGCCUAUUGCCGUUCUCGUAUUUUGUCGUCCACAUGCUCUCGUGAUCGUCGUCAUAUAGAUCGCUUUACUAACAUAACAAUCAUUUAUCAUCAUAUUAGAUAUAAUAUUGUAGUUUAACUAACUAUUAUCGGACAAACUAGUAGAUACAACGCUAUUUACACAUGUCUCAGCUGAUAUAUAGGUACGCAACACUAGGUGGCGACUAACGUGCAGUUGUACUGCACACGUGGUUUUCAUGCAUGAAAACUUCGAUGGAAAACAUCCAAACUUUCAAGUCUCGGCCUUUAGAAUAAUAUAUUCAUUCGUCGUUUUACAAUUUAUCAUACCAGGUGAUCGUUUACGUAAGACUAUCGUAUUAUUCCAAAAACUAUUAGCGGUUUUGAAAAAAAAUUUUUACAUAAUUUUUUAGUCGAAACAGAACAAGAUAUUUGGAAAAAUUAAUAUUUUUAUAAUUUUAUAUCGUUAUUAUUUUUUGAAGUUUUAACUUUUUUGAACGAAAACAUGUACAUUUUUAUUUUCAUAUUCCUAAGCAGCAUAUUAUUCGGAGUAUUUCGAAUUAUAAAAUUCAAAUUUUGGACGAGUUGGUAAUUAGUUAGACUAUAACUCAUAAACUACUCUCCAAAAUUUGAUUUGUAUGCAUCGAAGUAUACUAUGGUCUAUGGAAAAUAAUCUGUUUUAUAAACUGAAUUAAAAAGGUUGGUUUGUUUUUUAGUAGGUGUAAUAAGAUAAGAUAACCUAUACCGCGAUAUACUGAUCAGUAUACUGAUUUUCUCGAGUUCCACCGACAACAUUGUUCUUUAAAGAUUAAAGUAUAAAUUCGACCACGUUUGACUAUAUAAUAUUAUAACAUAUUUAAAUCAUAAUAAUAUUACUAUUGUAUUGUCAACUUUCAUUAUGUUUGUAGUUUGUAUACAAUAACGAAUUUUUGAAAUCUGUCAUUGUCAUACGUAUACGUUGCGUAUAAAAGCACGUACUAUCCAAAAAUCCAUUUACAUAUUAUAGUUAUUUAUGUGAUUUGUGUACAACAAGGAUCACCAAAUUGGGGGUCUUCUGACAAAUUUUAUCCGGCUCACAGACAAGAAAAAAAGUAAAAACCUAUAAUAUUAUACGUUCUAUAGAGUUGUAAUUAAUCAUUUUGGUUCAUCUGUUUUUACCGCUGUCAGCAAUUUUUGAUGGCCCACGAACAAUAAUUUCCAGAUUCCUAAUGUGGCCCUUCGAAAAUAUUAAUUUGUUAUCCUUGGUAUACAACAUACCUAAUAAUAUUCACUAAGUAUAGUAAUUACUAACAAAUAACAAUACUUAAAUGUUUUUCAAAUAAAACGUUUUGUUCGUUUAUGUAUACUGCAGACUGCGGUGUGGUGUCAUGAUGUUUUACAAUAUAAUAUUAACUGUGUACAGGGGCGUGCCCAGGAUUUUCAUAUAACAUAUAAGGUGAGAAAACUAAAAAAUCAAUUUGGGGGUGGUUUGAACCCCGAAACCACCCCCUGGGCACGCCCCUGAUUGUGUACCCUCGCGCCACUCGACGACAGUGUUUUGUAGCGUCAGGCGUCGCUAGUCUAUAGUAACGUCAUUAUUAUAAUUAUUCAAUUAUUUUUUUUUAAAUUUAUUGUUCAUUUACGUUUUAGUUCUCUGUCCGUAUGUAAUAUUGAACUGUAACUUUUCAUAUACGUAAUUGUAUACGUGUAUAUUAUUUAUUUAUGUAUAACAACGUAAUUUACACGAUUAAUCUCUAAUGAGUAAUGACUGAUAUAUUGUGUACGUUUUGCGUGUCUAUAUAAUUUAACGUGGCUUUUGGCGUUUGUGUAUCGUUCAUAUACGAUAUUAAAUAUGAUAUACGAAAUAUUUUCGACUGCUGAGUGCUGGCACACUAAAAAUCAAAGCACCCAAAUAGCAUCACCCAUUAAAUUACAAUAUUUGUAACAUUUAUAUUUUAUUAUACUAAUAAAUAAUAAUAUAAUUAUUAUAUUAAUUUAAACAUAUCUGUGUGUGUGUUGAUCUAACGAUCUUAUUGUCUAUUAAUAUACAAUCCGGUGAUGGUGGAAA